AUGAGGGCUUUUGCCGUUGUACUUGCUAGGAGUGUCGUAGAGUCGGCUCGCAAGCCUUAUGCGACGUUCAGAGCGAAAUGUGGGGUUUUCGAUGCGAUCCCUUUUUUCUUCACCCGAGCUUAUGCGGGCUCAAUCCCAUUUGAGACAUAUCAAUUAUGUUCACCACCGAUACCAUCGUUGCUCGUCUCACUCUGUCCAACAUUGCCUUCUUGCCCUUCACGCCUAUCUCCACAGGCUGUUGCUGCCAAGUCCAUGAUUGCCCAACUUUCCCCGCCUCGUUCAGAUGCAUUCGUGUUGACCGACUUAUCCAGCAAGUGGGAUCAAGCUGCCUCUGGUCCGCGGAGCUCGCAGGGAAUCGGCUCUCUGCUGUUGGACUUUGCACGAGCCCAACGCGUCUGCCAACUGCUCGCUGAGCUUGCCGGUCUCCUGUCAUGCCUCCAGUUCGCAGAAGAGUUCAUCAAACAAGCAGGCUACGAGUGUCUUUUCGAUUGGGUCAUCUGCCUGUGA